AUGACGAAGGUGGAAAUGACGACGCAAAUUAGAACGCGAAACUUUGACCCAUCAAGUACGAGACUCUGGGAGCUCAAGGAUUGGAUCAUGGAACAGCCAGAAGGACAAGAAGCCAUCGCGUCGCUCCUCACCAGCAAAUACGAGACUCUCCAAAGGAAUUUUCAACGUUUGUUCUACGAUGAUCAAGAGCUUCUUCCGCAUUGCCGGAAUUUGAAGGAGUACUCCUUCUUGCACGAUAACGCCACGAUAACCAUGUUGAUUCAAGGAAACGACUUGGAAGUCAAGUUUGACACUGGCAACGGUGAUGAGACAAUCAUUGUACCAUUUGAAAUGGCUGAAGAUGUGACAGUCUUGAAGGAGAAAAUCAGAAAGAUAUUUUCCAACAGCAUCCCAUUGACGUCCGAUGGUGUCUCUUUUGCCCUUACCGAUGCUUCCAGAGGACAUGUUCUCGACGACUCUGGUAGAACGAUGAAGGGAAAACUUUCUGGGUAUUCACAUCGAUUGAGAAUCAACCCUUUCGUGGUCACAACAAAGCUUCUGGAUGGGACUUCUUUCGAGGUGUGGUUUCAUUCUCAAUUUACUUUGCAAGACCUGUGGUCCAGAAUCAAUAAUCAUUUUGAAAUCCCACCGGAUAAGCAACUUCUAUUGCGUUGUGGCGACAAAACCUUGCACGCAACAAGGCACGACCUGAAGCUGAUGGAAUCUGGGAUCAAUCUACAUAAUGAUGUGUUGUUUGUCAUCAACAAAGGCAUUGCCGUGGGCUCCCCGUGGCUUCCUGUGAGCCAAGAUAAGACUAGAGGAUGCGACAUACUACGAACAGAAUUGCGGUGUCUCACAUUGCACCAACUGAAGCAGCUAGCCGCGGAAAUCAUCCUUCGCUGCCAAAAAGAGGGAUGGACGAGCACUAAUCCAUCACAACAAGGAAAAUAG